CGCGUUAGUAUUAGUAAGUAAAUGACGAGUUGAAUGACGUCAAAUGGGACUUGGUUGAGAGGAUAAAAAAACCUAAACUUAAACUUGUCUUACACCGGCACCAUCCAACUUUACCACAGUCUCAAAUUCCACGAUGUCAAUUACAAGUGCCUCUGGAACUCAGUCUCCGCCUCUGGAAGCCACCGGCGAAGACAAGCCUAUGGGCGCAUCAUCUGUCGAAAGCGCUCAAAAGGGCGUGGAAGUUGAAGCCGUCCCUGACUAUGAACAACGAAAGCAAUAUUUCGAACCCACUGAGCAAGAUCAAUCCAAUUCCAAACCUCGAAAUGGGGAAGGCGUGAUGGGGCAGAGUCUUGCAGACACUUUGGAGAAGAGAACCUGAUGAGCUAUGUAAUAUGAUGUCGUCCGGACAGGGAGUAAGAAUCUUGAUGUCGACUGCAGGGCCAGAGGUACCACGACAGGGCACUGAGGGCAGGGAGGCGGACUAAAUAAGAUUGGACAGUGAUUCCGCGCCUGUUGUGCGACUCUGUACGAAGUGUGAUUUUCCACAUCCAAUUUUUUAAAUUCAUUGACCAUUUGUACCCGCGUGUUUGGAUCUGUACAAACA